GAGCCAGCGAGCCUAGAAGGAGAGUGGAGGUUCUGGAGCCCAGGGGAGGAGAGAGAGCGGGAUGGCGUGGGACUUGAGGCUUGAAGUUCCCUACUUCAGCUCAAGUCCCGUCGCGCUUUCGCCCCUUCCCGGUGACCUCAACUCCUUUAUAUCGACCCCACCUCUCAGGAGCCGGGAGUACCGCCCCUGUAGGGGGAGGGGACGAGGAGCCGAUUCCGAACGCGGAUUGGGUCGUCCGGGCACCCGUAGUGGGGAACCGUGGGCCGCUGGUCCGGGGAAGGAGGGCGGUGUCCAGCCUUGGAGGGAGUUCGAGUGGUCCUCGCGGUGGGGCGGGCCUGACUCGCCUCGCUUGGAGAGCGCGAGUCUGAGUUGGACCCCGGACGACGCGCGGAGCCGCUGGCGCAGUCAUGGCGGACUACUGGAAGUCACAACCAAAGAAAUUCUGUGAUUACUGCAAGUGCUGGAUAGCAGACAAUAGGCCUAGUGUUGAAUUUCAUGAAAGAGGAAAGAAUCAUAAGGAAAAUGUGGCAAAAAGGAUCAGUGAGAUUAAACAGAAAAGCCUGGAUAAGGCAAAGGAAGAAGAAAAGGCAUCAAAGGAGUUUGCUGCAAUAGAGGCAGCUGCCCUGAAAGCAUACCAAGAGGAUUUGAAAAGACUUGGCUUAGAGUCAGGUAAAAAAAGCAGCCAGCAUGUUUUAAAAGUAACAUCAGAGGUCAUGCUAAGUAAGCUUUGAUUGUUUCCAUAAAGAGGUUAUAA